AUGUCCAUGAUCGCUCCGGGGCUGGAGCCGUGUUACCAGAACGAGGCAUGGGUUGCCUUAAUCGCCAAGAAUGCCGGCUGCAUAUCGAUCGAAGCGCAGAACUAUGGCCUCAUCCGAGAAGGGGCCGGUAAUGCGGUCUUGCGGGCUAUUCCUGUACCUCAACUCCGUGAUGACUACAUAUUGGUUCGGACUCUGGCGAUUGCUUUGAACCCGACGGACUGGACGACUCCUGACGCCGUGGGCGACGACGGCACACUUGUCGGUUGCGACUACGCAGGGAUUAUGGAAGAAGUCGGGAAGGCGGUCAAGAAGCCGUUCAAGAAGGGAGAACGCAUUGCUAGAUUCGGACACCGAGGAAAUGAUGCUAAUCCGGAAAACGGCGCCUUUGCGAGAUAUAUCGCUAUCAAAGGGAACUUACAAAUACACAUUCCGGAUAGCGUGAGCUUUGAGGCUGCGUGCACAGUCGGCGUCGGCGUGACGACGACCGGGGUAUGCACUUUACUAUGUGCUCAAAUUGCCGCUGCCGCCUGUGGCGAAGGUCAAGACCCACAUGGAAGCACUGCGACUGAAACGAUUACGAGUCAGUUCGCCAAGUUGUCUAAAGGUGGUCACGACGUGCUCGCCCAAGCACUUUAG